GAGCGCAGUACCCUGGGAGCCGGGCCCACAGCAGGGGGCCAUGGGCAGUGCCAGCCAGGCAGGCUAUAGCCCACACUCACUGGCCAGGUGACCCCAGCCCCGGGGCCCUGCUUCUGCCAUCCUGGCUUCAUGCCAGAGGUGGCCCCGGCUGCCAUUCGGCCAGCUCUGGGGGUGCAGCCUGGGCUGGGAGUGCAGCUGGGGUGCCAGUGAGGUACUGGCUAGGCCCUCGGGCCUCAGGGCAAACAAGCUGGGGGCAGCCAAGCCCUCCAUGGCAGCCCCAGCAGGGAAGGCGAGUGGGACAGGGGCUUUGCGGCCCAGGACCCAGAAAGGCCGUAUGAGGCGGGCUGUUCGCAUCUCCAGCCUGGUGGCCCAGGAGGUCCUGUCCCUGGGUGCUGAUGUGCUCCCUGAGUACAAGCUGCAAGCCCCGCGCAUCCACCGCUGGACCAUCCUGCACUACAGCCCCUUCAAGGCCGUGUGGGACUGGCUCAUCCUGCUGCUGGUCAUCUACACAGCUGUCUUCACGCCCUACUCAGCCGCCUUCCUGCUGAAGGAGACUGAAGAGGGCUCCCAGGCCCCCGACUGUGGCUAUGCCUGCCAGCCGCUGGCUGUGGUGGACCUCAUUGUGGACAUCAUGUUCAUCGUGGACAUCCUGAUCAACUUCCGCACCACCUAUGUCAAUGCCAACGAGGAGGUGGUCAGCCACCCUGGCCGCAUUGCUGUCCACUACUUCAAGGGCUGGUUUCUCAUUGACAUGGUGGCUGCCAUCCCCUUUGAUUUACUCAUCUUUGGCUCCGGCUCUGAGGAGCUCAUUGGGCUGCUGAAAACCGCGCGGCUGCUGCGGCUGGUGCGCGUGGCUCGGAAGCUGGACCGCUACUCAGAGUAUGGGGCGGCGGUGCUGUUCCUGCUCAUGUGCACCUUUGCGCUCAUUGCACACUGGCUGGCUUGCAUCUGGUACGCUAUCGGCAAUAUGGAGCAGCCAGACAUGAACUCGCGCAUCGGCUGGCUGCACAACUUGGGUGACCAGAUCGGCAAGCCCUACAAUAGCAGCGGCUUGGGUGGGCCAUCCAUCAAGGACAAGUACGUCACAGCGCUCUACUUCACCUUCAGCAGCCUGACCAGCGUGGGCUUUGGCAACGUCUCGCCCAAUACCAACUCAGAGAAGAUCUUCUCCAUCUGCGUCAUGCUCAUUGGCUCCCUCAUGUAUGCCAGCAUCUUCGGCAAUGUGUCGGCCAUCAUCCAGCGGCUGUACUCGGGCACGGCCCGCUACCACACGCAGAUGCUCCGUGUGCGGGAGUUCAUCCGCUUCCACCAGAUCCCCAACCCACUGCGCCAGCGCCUGGAGGAGUACUUCCAGCAUGCCUGGUCCUACACCAACGGCAUUGACAUGAAUGCGGUGCUGAAGGGCUUCCCUGAGUGCCUGCAGGCUGACAUCUGCCUGCACCUGAACCGCUCACUGCUGCAGCACUGCAAGCCUUUUCGUGGGGCCACCAAGGGCUGCCUGCGAGCCCUGGCCAUGAAAUUCAAGACCACGCAUGCUCCGCCAGGGGACACACUGGUGCAUGCAGGGGACCUGCUCACCGCCCUCUACUUCAUCUCCCGUGGCUCCAUUGAGAUUCUGCGGGGCGAUGUUGUCGUGGCCAUAUUGGGGAAGAAUGACAUCUUUGGAGAACCUCUGAACCUGUACGCGCGACCUGGCAAGUCCAACGGGGAUGUACGAGCCCUCACCUACUGUGACCUGCACAAGAUCCAUCGGGAUGACCUGCUGGAGGUGCUGGACAUGUACCCUGAGUUCUCAGACCACUUCUGGUCCAGCCUGGAGAUCACCUUCAACCUUCGAGAUACCAACAUGAUCCCCGGUUCUCCUGGCAGCACCGAGUUAGAGGGUGGCUUCAACCGUCAACGAAAGCGCAAGCUGUCUUUCCGAAGGCGUACAGAAAAGGACCCUGAGCAGCCUGGGGAGGUGGCAGCCUUGGGGCCUGGUGGGGCAGGCGCAGGGCCAAGCGGCUGGGGCCCGCCAGGGACAACGUGGGGGGACAGCCCGUCCAGUGGCCCCUCCAGCCCAGAGAGCAGCGAGGAUGAGGGCCCGGGCCGCAGCUCCAGCCCCCUGCGCCUGGUGCCCUUCUCCAGCCCGAGGCCCCCUGGGGAGCUGCGGGGCAGGGAGCCCCUGACUGAGGAUGGUGACAAGAGCAGCAGCGACACGUGCAACCCCUUGUCUGGCGCCUUCUCCGGGGUUUCCAACAUAUUCAGCUUUUGGGGGGACAGUCGGGGCCGCCAGUACCAGGAGCUCCCUCGAUGCCCCGCCCCCACCCCCAGCCUUCUCAACAUCCCACUGUCCAGCCCAGGCAGGCGGCCCCGGGGUGAUGUGGAGAGCAAGCUGGAUGCCCUGCAGAGGCAGCUCAACAGGCUGGAGACCCGACUGAGUGCAGACAUGGCCACUGUCCUGCAGCUGCUACAGAGACAAAUGACACUGGUCCCACCAGCAUACAGUGCUGUGACCACCCCAGGACCCGGCCCCUCUUCUGCCUCUCCCUUGCUGCCCAUCAGCCCCAUCCCCACCCUUACGCUGGACUCGCUUUCUCAGGUUUCCCAGUUUGUGGCGUUUGAGGAGCUUCCCCCUGGAGCCCCAGAGCUCCCCCAAGAUGGCCCCACUCGACGCCUCUCCCUGCCUGGCCAGCUGGGGGCCCUCACCUCCCAGCCUCUGCACAGACACGGCUCAGACCCGGGCAGUUAGUGAGGCUGCCUGGUGUGGACAUGUGGCUCACCCAGGGUUCUGCGCACUGCCUGGCUGCUCCCCUCGGAGGCCCUGCCCAGGAGGCCCUGGCCGUGGAGGGAAGACUAGUGAAGGAGCAGCUCCUCCCCCGCCCUUGGGACCAUCUUCUCCUGCAGUCCCCUUGGCCCCAUUGGGAGGGGCAGGGCAGGGCCGGGCAGUGGACGGGGGGUCUGUGGUCCCCUCACUGCCCUGGGGGCAUUAGCUGGUCUAACUGCCCGGAGGCACCCGGCCCUGGGCCUUAGGCACCUCAAGGACUUUUCUGCUAUUUACUGCUCUUAUUGUUAAGGAUAAUAAUUAAGGAUCAUAUGAAUAAUUAAUGAAGAUGCUGAUGACUAUGAAUAAUAAAUAAUUAUCCUGAGGCAACUCGGUGGUUCUGGG